AUGUCAGAAGCUAGUUUUGACUGCGAGAAGAAUGCCUUAAAGGAUAAUCAAUCGGACCCUAAAGGACAGGGCCCCCAAAAUACUGCUGACUCUCUGAGCCAAUCAGAGGCCAGAGAACACAGCAUGGAUGAAACUCAUAUGACUGAAAUUGACAUCAGUGAGAACAAGGAAGUUGAAAACCACAACCAUACUCUGAAUGAUGAUGAUGGUGAUGAAGAUGAUAAUGAGGAUUCUCAUGCACAGAGUAAGACUAGUGGAGUCCUCAAAGAUCUUAAGGAUCAUGCUGAUACUGAUACAACGAGCAGUGUGACGACAGAAGACAGAAAGGUGGCUAUGGCAGAGGAGGCCAAUAGAAGCCCAGCUGCUCAAAUUUCAGUCACCAGAAAUAGAGAAGCAGACAAGAUUAAUGAGGUGUUUCAGAAGGAUGUACAGCAUAGUGUCUCCUCAGGACCAAUCAUGUCACACUCCCACAAUUCACCUGAAAACUGUGCAAUGACUGAAGGAGUGAUCCAAGUGGGGCCCUACACAGGGGUGGCAAACCAGGCCACCACACCUACAGUUGUUCCCAGUCCAGCAGCAGCCAGCUGGCUAGCUCACAGCAUCAGCGAUAAUCAGGUGGAGAUACAGAAAGGUGCUUUGAGAGGGCAGCAAAAGGGAGGGGCAGUGGUCCUUGCUGGUGACAUGAAGAGUCCUGCCAUAGAGAAAUUGGAGCUGGUGAGGAAGUGGAGCAUCAACACUUAUAAAUGCACUAAGCAGAUCCUGUCUGAGAAUUUAGGUCGUGGCUCCCGUACAGUGGAUUUGGAUCUGGAGGCUCAGAUCGAGCUUCUUCAAGACAACAAACGCAAGUAUGAACAUGUGGUCAAACUGGCCCAGAUGCUGUCCACUCAGCUGGGGCAGAUGCUGUUGACACAGAGACAGCUAGGAGAUGCAUUUGCUGACCUCAGUCUCAAGACACCUGAGCUACAUGAGGAGUUUGGCUACAAUGCCGAAACCCAAAAACACCUGGCGAAAAAUGGAGAAACGCUUUUAGGAGCUAUCAACUUCUUUAUCUCCAGUGUUAAAACUCUAGUGGACAAAACCAUAGAGGAUACCAUGAUCAACAUUAAGCAAUAUGAGACAGCAAGGAUUGAGUAUGAUGCAUAUCGCACAGAUAUAGAGGAGCUCAAUCUGGGUCCACGGGAUGCCAACACACUGCCCAAGAUUGAGCUGUCUCAGCAACAGUUCCAGAUCCACCGUGAAAAAUACGAAAAGAUGCGCAAUGAUGUCUCAGUCAAACUUAAGUUUCUGGAGGAAAACAAGGUGAAGGUUUUACACAACCAGCUGAUUCUCUUCCAUAAUGCUGUCGCUGCAUACUUCACAGGCAACCAGCAGCAACUGGAACAGACCCUUAAACAGUUCCACAUCAAACUAAAGUUACCAGGAGGAGACAUCCCCUCUUGGCUAGAGGAGCACUGAUAUAUCCCCCCUCCCCCUCUAAAGUCAGGUGGGGUAUGCUCCUGAGUGGAGGGCAGAAAUUUGUGCGCUCCAUACGGAAACCAAAUCCAAAAAGCAAAAAUGUCUUGCUAUUACUCCUUUCCCUAUUUUACUCCCUUCAGGACACUAAAACCUGUCAGGAAAUUUAUAAGACAGGAAACUAUUUUGAUAAAAGAUAAAUAUUUAGCUCUUCUCUUUGUCUUUGCAGUGUGUGCCUACACUUGGAAGUUCAUUGUUAAAUAAUGGCUUUUUGUCUUGUCAGUGGGUGAGUAUACACUCAACAAAAAAAUAAUAAUAAUCUAGUUGUUUCUAAAUCAAGUUACCAGCACUUUAUGGUAUAAGAAAUACAGACACCCACGGGAAUCAGGGAGAAAUGAGGGGCCUUGUGAAUGUUGUAGAGCAUUUAGUUUGUCAAUAAGGACAAUUCAAAAUCUGGACAAUUCAAUAGUCUAAAAACCUUGCCUUUUCCCCCAUUUCUAGACCUAAUCUUUCUUGUAUUACUGCAUACUUGUACAGUGGUUUACAUCUUCAUGUUGCCUUUGAGGGCACGCUGAUCUGAUUUAGUAGGAAAGGGUUGCCAUUUUAGUACAAUUUUGGACAAUGCUGCUCAUAAAUUAGCAAAAAUGGUGGGAUAAUCUGAGGUUAAAAACAUAAUCUUUGGCUUUUUAUCUGUAAUGUUUGCUAUACAUUUUUAAAGUGAUCAUUUUGAAGAUCCCAUGGGGAGAAGUGGUGGGGCUUAAUUUCUGACUUGAUGUGACAUUCUUUUUGUCAGUAAUCUUUUUUGUUGUGAAAACCCAGAAGACUCCACUUACAUUUUAUGAUGCACAGAAUGGACCAAUACUCAGCUGUAUUUGCAGCCAACAACCUCCGUUUAAUCUGCACUUGACAUUACAAUGGCUAUCUUUUUUUUUUUUUUUUUUUUUUUAAGUAACCACUCUUUGCAUUCCAUUUCCUCAAGUACUAAAGAAGGAAACUAUUUUGUACAAAAUGCAAACCAAAUUGAUUUGAUAUGAAGUACCAUGUCAGAUGCCUCAGCUAUUCUAUUUUUGUGGUGUUCUUUUUCUUUGCAUCUGUUAUUUUUUUAUACAUGUUGCAGGUUAAAAGAUCUCAAAAGAGGGGGGGAAGUAUGUCAGGAAAUGAGCAGCAUGAAUUAAUAAAGAAUAAGUUACAUUUAACCAGAAUACUUAAUUAUUAAAAUUCUGCACUUUUUUAAAAAAAUUAUUAUUCUUGGAGACUCUUAAAACUUCCAUCUGAUUCUCCUUACCAUCUGUCUUACCAUCUUUCAUUUGAUGUAUAACUAACUACCUUGUAUUUCUAUGUGACUUUUCAGUUCUAUCCCUGCAGCAGACACACACCAAUGUACAGUUAAACGUAUGAGAACUGACAUGUAAGCAUAGCCACACAUCUAUAUAUUUGUAAAAUCUUGUAUUUUACUUUGAGUAUAAAAGAAUUUUGCUGUGUGCUAUUUUGAAGAUUUGUUAAUAAAUUAUUCUUGACAGGUGUUUAAGGGCAAAAUAGACAAGUCCUGAAUGUUGGGAGAAAAUAAAAAAUCAUUCAUGAGUC